AGAGAGAGAGAGUCGUUGAUUAGGCGUGUGUUGCUGACGACGCGGGAAUGCAUUGACUUUUGCUUGCAAAGUCGUCGCCGGUCUGUACAAUUCGAGUAGAUUGCACUCUAUACGCCAUUAUUAGUGGUAGCUGUAUAAAGAAGAACACUGCAUGAUCGAUCAAUAGUAAAUAACCAGACCCAAUCAAUCACCGUUCACGCCGACUAGCUAGAGAGCAUGGAGAGUCUACUGAAGGAGAAGAGAGGGGGAGAAACGGUGCUGGACAUGUCGCCGCGAUCUACGCCCGGAGGCGGCGUGGAAGACGUAUACGGCGAGGAUCGCGCCACCGAGGAUCAGCUCCUUACUCCCUGGACGACUUCUGUUGCCAGUGGCUACAAUUUGUUAAGAGACCCUCGUUUCAACAAAGGCCUUGCUUUCAAGGAGAACGAAAGAGAUGCUCAUUACCUCCGAGGUCUCCUUCCUCCUGUAGUUGCUUCCCAGGAGCUUCAGGAGAAGAAGUUUAUGCAAACUAUCCGCCAAUAUGAUCUUCCCAUACACAAGUAUAUGGCUAUGAUGGAACUUGAGGAGAUGAAUGAAAGACUGUUCUACAAGCUUCUUAUUGAUCAUGUGGAUGAGCUACUACCAAUUGUCUACACCCCAACAGUUGGUGAGGCUUGCCAGAAAUAUGGAAGCAUAUUUAAGCGUCCUCAGGGUCUAUACAUCAGUUUGAAGGAAAAGGGGAAGAUUCUCGAGGUAUUGAAGAAUUGGCCAGAGAGGACAAUCCAAGUCAUUGUUGUAACCGAUGGUGAGCGAAUUUUGGGACUUGGUGACCUUGGCUGCCAGGGGAUGGGAAUACCCGUGGGGAAGUUGGCUCUUUAUACAGCACUUGGUGGAGUUAGGCCUUCAGCGUGUUUGCCUAUAACAAUUGAUGUUGGGACAAACAAUGAGCAGUUGCUGAAGGAUGAGUUCUAUAUCGGGCUUAGACAGAAGAGAGCAAUUGGACAGGAAUACUAUGACUUUCUGGACGAGUUCAUGACUGCUGUAAAGCAAAACUAUGGUGAAAAGGUUCUUGUACAGUUUGAAGAUUUUGCAAACCACAAUGCAUUUGAGCUGCUGGCCAAAUAUGGAACCACUCAUUUGGUCUUCAAUGAUGAUAUACAGGGGACAGCUUCUGUGGUGCUUGCAGGGCUUGUGGCCUCACUUAAGCUACUUGGGGGUACCUUAGCUGAGCACAAGUUUUUGUUCCUUGGUGCUGGAGAGGCUGGCACUGGUAUCGCAGAGCUAAUAGCUCUUGAGAUUUCAAAGAAGACAGAAACCCCUAUUGAAGAAACUCGUAAAAGGAUAUGGCUUGUGGACUCAAAGGGGUUGAUUGUUAGUUCUCGAAAAGCAUCUCUUCAGUCCUUCAAGAAGCCUUGGGCACAUGAACAUGAACUUAUUGACAAUCUCUUAGACGCUGUCAAGGCUAUCAAGCCGACAGUGUUGAUAGGUACUUCUGGAGUCGGAAAAACAUUUACAAAAGAAGUGAUUGAAGCCAUGGGUGCAAUUAACAAGAGACCUCUUAUAUUGGCACUUUCCAACCCAACAUCACAAGCCGAAUGUACUGCUGAAGAGGCUUACAAAUGGACUGAGGGUCGUGCAGUGUUUGCAAGUGGCAGCCCGUUUCCUUCAGUAGAAUACAACGGCAAACUUAACAUACCUGGCCAGGCUAACAACUGCUAUAUUUUCCCUGGGCUGGGUUUUGGUCUGGUCAUGUCUGGUACCAUCCGCGUGCAUGAUGAUAUGCUCCUAACAGCUUCUGAGGCUUUGGCCAGCCAAGUAACUGAAGAACACUAUGCGCAAGGAAUGAUUUAUCCUCCUUUCACAAACAUCAGGAAGAUAUCUGCUCAUAUAGCUGCUAGCGUAGCUGCUAAAGCAUAUGAACUUGGUGUUGCAACUCGUCUUCCUCGGCCUGCGGAUUUAGUGAAGUAUGCUGAGAGUUGCAUGUACACUCCCAUCUAUAGAAACUAUCGUUGAAUUAGGGCGCAGCUAGCAGUCGUCUCAGCUCAGAGUGAUCAAGGAAUGGCACCAACUUAUCCCCACUAGAUCGAUUCUAAUACUUCUUUUUGUUUGAUCCGUAUGUGUAUUAAAAUAGAAAGUGUUUCCCAUCAAAUAAAAAUAAAAAUAAAUAAGGUGCAUUUAAUUAUUGAAUCAAUUCCUCUAUAUACAUAACAUAAAAAAUAUAUCAAACUGGUACCUGAUGGAUUCCUAAUUGAUCUUUACCGUUGUUAUUGCGCUCCUUGUGUCCCCC